AACGCUGCGAUGGAGCUAUCUCCCGAGCUUUCGUAUCCGUCGCUUGAUUACUCGGAGUUCGAUUCUAUGUCCACCAGCGAAACCCCGAAAGUUGUCUUCUCCCAUGACCCGGCACAUGCGCUGCGGGACGCUCAUUUGCUCAUCCCGGGCAUUGCAAAUCUCUCUCAGUUUGAGGCGGAUGUGAGCGUGGAAAUGAGGGACGACGGUUGGGUCGUCGGUCCGAAAGACAGAUUGCUGCUAUGGGUUCCUCCGGAGCAUCGUCAGAAGCUGUGGCUACCACCUCAACGGCUUCUGAUACCAGCAUCCUGGCCGUGCACUACGCUGGAUUUGAGCGACUUUUCUCACGGGACCCGUUGGACGGAAUGUUACGACCCUACGGCGGUCGAACCAACACGCAAGAGCACCACCGACACCUCAUCGUCCCGUCAAGCCUGGCUAUCGACUUCUCCCGCCAUAGUCCGGUACAGCUUCCUGGUGUGUAUGGUCGCAAUCUUCGCCAUGUUCGUUCGCGUUUUGCUCGGGUGAUUGGAACGGCCCUUUGGACUCGUCGGUUACAUGUUCAUGGAUGGUGAAGCUUCGAUUGAGAUGCUAUUUUGAUUUUUUGGCUAUAGUUGUCGUCUUCUGUAUUGGAACAGAGGUAACGAUACAAGUGUUUCAGCGCGGCGUUGUAUACAUG